AUGCAGGCGAACGGAGCGGGGCAAGAACCGGCCGAGCUCUCCUGCCUAGGCGGCGCGCAGAACGGCGAGUCCUCCGCGGCGGCGGCGGCGGCUGGCGACGCUGACGGCGACGGCAGCCGCCGUCACUCGCUGCUCAGGUUUCUUCUCGACAGCGUGGGCACCAGCAACGGCUCGUCCACCUCCACCGCUUGCGCGGCCUCUUCGGGUUCCGAAGUGGGCUCGCUGAAGAAGAAGCGCUUGUCGCAGGCGGAGGAAGAUGUCAUCCGACUCAUUGGGCAGCAUCUCCACGGACUGGGGCUCAAUCAGACGGUGGACAUGCUGAUGCAGGAGUCGGGCUGCAAACUGGAGCACUCGUCGGCGAGCAAGUUCCGCAACCACGUCAUGGAAGGCGAGUGGGAUAAGGCUGAAAAUGAUUUGAAUGAACUGAGAGCACUGAUGCAUUCGCCCAACGCCAUUGUGCGUAUGAAGUUUUUGCUGCUGCAGCAAAAGUAUUUAGAGUACCUGGAAGACGGCAAAGUCCUGGAGGCUCUACAAGUGCUCCGAGGGGAGUUGACGCCGCUCAAAUACAACACGGACCGCAUCCACGUGCUCAGCGGGUACCUGAUGUGCAGCCACGCCGAGGACCUGAGGGCCAAGGCGGAGUGGGAGGGCAAAGGCGCAGCGUCCCGCUGCCGACUGCUGGACAAACUGCAAACCUACCUGCCGCCGUCGGUGAUGCUGCCCCCGCGGCGGCUGCAGAACCUCCUGCGACAGGCGGCGGAGCUGCAGAGGGACCGCUGCCUCUACCACAACACCAAGCUGGACGGCGGCCCGGACUCGGCGUCGCUGCUGACGGAUCACGUGUGCAGCAGGAAACAGUUCCCCUGUUACACUCAGCAGAUUCUGACCGAGCACUGCAACGAAGUGUGGUUCUGCAAGUUCUCCAACGACGGCACCAAGCUGGCCACCGGCUCCAAAGACACCACCGUCAUCGUUUGGCAGGUGGACCCGGAGAGCCACCAGCUAAAGUUACUUCGGACUUUGGAGGGCCACGCGUACGGGGUGUCCUACCUGGCCUGGAGCCCCGACGACACCUACCUGAUCGCGUGCGGUCCCGACGAUUGCUCUGAGCUCUGGCUCUGGAAUGUUCAGACGGGCGAGCUGCGAACCAAGAUGUCGCAGUCCCACGAGGACAGUUUGACCAGCGUGGCCUGGAACCCCGACGGCAAACGCUUUGUCACCGGAGGCCAGAGGGGGCAGUUCUAUCAAUGCGACCUGGACGGGAACCUGUUGGACUCGUGGGAGGGCGUGAGAGUGCAGUGUCUGUGGUGCCUGAGCGACGGCAGGACGGUGCUGGCGUCGGACACCCACCAACGGAUUCGGGGCUACAACUUUGAGGACCUCGCCGACAGAAACAUAGUGCAGGAAGACCACCCUAUCAUGUCUUUUACUGUUUCCAAGAACGGAAGAUUAGCUGUGUUAAAUGUAGCAACUCAGGGAGUGCACUUGUGGGACCUACAGGACAGAGUGCUGGUCAGGAAAUACCAAGGUGUCACCCAGGGCUUCUACACCAUCCACUCCUGCUUCGGAGGACACAACGAAGACUUCAUUGCCAGCGGCAGCGAAGACCACAAAGUGUACAUCUGGCACAGGCGGGGAGAACUUCCCAUCGCGGAGCUGACGGGCCACACGCGCACCGUCAACUGCGUGAGCUGGAACCCGACCGUCCCGGGGCUCAUGGCGUCCGCCUCCGACGACGGCACGGUGCGCGUUUGGGGGCCCGCGCCCUUCCUCGACCCGCAAGAGGCGGACGCGCUCAACGAGAACGGCAGUAACACGGACAGUUAA